CAAGACCGGGACAGAUUUCAGCUCAGCUGUGCUGAUGUUCAACUGGGUUGAAUAUUCGGUGUUUGGCUCCAUGUUGAUAUUCUCUCUGCUAAUUGGAGUCUACUUCGGAUGGUUCAAGAAACAGAACACCGUGGCUGAAUAUCUGCUCGGGGGCAAGAAAAUGGGCGUCUUUCCUGUCACCAUGUCUCUAGUAUUUAGCCAUGUAUCCGGGGUGACACUCCUGGGUAUCCCUGCGGAGAUCUACUCCUACGGGACUCAGUACAUAGCAAUAGCAUUCUGUAACAUCGCCAUGCUGUUCUUGGUCAACUAUCUGUUCCUCCCAGUCUUCUUCGAUCUCCAGUUAAACUCUUUAUAUGAGUAUUUAGAACUAAGGUUCAGCAAAGGAACAAGAACUUUUGCGUCCCUUAUUUUUGCAAUAUCUCUGGUUAUUUUUAUUCCAGUUGUCAUCUAUGUUCCUGCUCUAGCUUUUAACCAAGUGACUGGAGUAUCUGUUCAUAUAAUAAGCCCCAUAGUGAGUUUGAUAUGCAUCUUCUACACUUCAUUUGGUGGACUGAAAGCAGUCUUGUGGACUGACACACUACAGGGAGUGUUCACCCUCUCGUCCACAAUGUUCAUCGCCAUCCUAGGUCUGCUGAGGGUGGGGAGCAUACAGGAGGUAUGGAGGAUCAAUGACGAAGGAGGCAGACUGGAGUUCCUCAACUUUGACCUAAAUCCAUUUGAGCGCAACACAUUUUGGACCGUCUCGGUUGGUUCGGUGUUCUUCUGGUUGGCUCAGAUAGCCGUCCAUCCUGGGGCUGUGCAGAGGUUCAUAGCAGUAUCUACCAUCAAAGAGUCCAAAGCUGUGAUGUUUUGGAGUUUCAUCGGUUUCUUUGUGAUCAAGUCCUUGGUUGUUUGUAUCGGCCUCCUUCUGUACGCAACUUAUCAUGACUGUGAUCCUGUAGCAAUUAAGAUGGUGAAGAAGACCAGCCAGAUUCUACCGUACUAUGUGAUGGACGUAGCCAGGGACUUCCCGGGAUUAACAGGACUAUUCAUAUCUGGAGUGCUCAGUGCUGCUCUCAGCACGAUGUCCGCUGGUCUCAACACAGUAGCUGGUACGCUGUACGAGGACUUUGUCCAGUUUGUGUUGAAGGGAGAGAAGUUGUCUGAGGCCUCUCAGUCCCUCAUACUCAAGGUCAUUGUGCUGGUGCUGGGUCUGGUCUGUGUGGCGCUGGUCUUCAUUGUGGAGAAACUCGGAGCUCUCUUUCAGAUGGCGUUGAGUCUGAUUGGUGUCACGAAUGGAGCGUUGGUUGGAGUUUUCUGCUUGGGACUGUUUUUCCCUCGGGCUAAUUCAAAAGGAGCAAUCGCAGGUGGUGUGGCAAGCUUGCUUGGCAUGUCAGGGAUUGUCUUUGGUGCUCAGUGGUACAUUGCACGAGGUCUUCUCAAGUUUCCAGGAAAAGUUACAAGUGUGGCAGGAUGUCCAGCUAAUCUCACUGCCUCUCUGGGUUUCAAUGCCUCAGCCAAUGUUCAGACCUGGACCGGUUAUGGAACUCCUGUAGUUGCUGAUGAGUCAGUAGCCCUUAUAUUCCAAUUGUCCUACAUGCACUACUGCUUGGUCGGUUGUCUGAUCGUGUUCCUUGUAGGACUUCCUGUCUCUUACCUAACAAAUCCUCAGGAUCUCUCCUCCAUGGACCCUCAUCUCUUCUCUCCUCCAAUACGAAGGUUCCUGCCUCAGAGACGGAGAACAUCAGUCAAACCAUCAAAGGAAGACUACUUCCUUGUCAGCACAGAACCAUUGACAAAAGACGUCAAAGAACAUUUACAAGAAACUCAGAUGACAGGAGCAUAAAU